ACAAGCAUCGUCUGUGUGUCAAACACACAUACACACCUGCAUAGGCCUUGGAAUUCCCUCACCUUCGCAGCUCUGAAGCAAGUCGCUGCGGCGAUCAAUCUCUUCAAGUAGGUAGGCUAGGUAUGGUAUCGUGGGUUAGUAUGGUGAAAUUAAUGGCGAUCGGCGUUGUUUUCAUGAAAAAGUGUGUGAUACUAGCGACAAAAUGCCAAGGAAACUACUAAAAUUCCUGAUUUUGUUCGACAACACCUCCCUGCUCUAUUUUCCCGGUCAGUUCCUGAGUGGUAGAGUCCUUAUUGAGUUGCAGGACAACACAGCUGCCUUGGGACUACACUUUCACGUUGUGGGAGAAGGUGUCGUACGUGUUCAAACCCCUCGACAAGAAAGGGUGUACGACAAAGAAAAUUACAUCGACUUUCGAAUGAGGUUACUGGGAGAACCAGGACAAGGGCCAUCAAUAUUAUCUCCGGGCAUCCACAGUUUUCCUUUUAAGUUAGGAUUACCAUCUGGUUUGCCAUCUACGUUUUUAGGAAAACAUGGUUGGGUACAAUAUUAUUGUAAGACGGCAUUGCGUGAACCCAACGGUCUCACACAUAAAAAUCAACAAGUUUUUAUUGUUAUGAAUCCAAUAGACUUAAACUUAGAGCCAGGUAUUUUUAGGAACAUUUCGGGACAGGAAUCAUUCAAAUGCGAAGUAGAGCACAAGUUUGGAGUUUCUUGCGUAGGAUCUGGAGCGGUGGUAUGCAAAGUGACUCUGGACAGGGGUGGAUACGUCCCUGGUGAAAGUAUAGGUGUUUCUGCAAGCGUGUUAAACAGGAGUAGAGUAACUAUCAAAAGUACAAAAGCCGCUUUAACUGAAACCAUUACAUAUAUGGCUAGGGGCAAAAUAGUGCAAGUAGACAAGAGAGAAUUGACUGUGUUAACUAAAGGGAAAAUCAGGCCAGGAGAAAAAGACGAGUGGGUCAAUGAACAACUGUACAUUCCUCCAUUACCCCCAACAAAUUUAAAAGGGUGCCAUUUAAUUAGAAUUAAUUAUGACGUGUUUUUCAUAGUAGAACCAAGUGGAUUGCAAAAAGAAGUCAAGUUACAAUUACCGAUUUUAAUGGCCACAUAUCCUCUUAGAGCAGGUGAUGAUGAAAACAGCAUGAAAGCUGGCACGCAUUAUCCUUCUACAUUACCAAUUUUCCGGCCAUGGUUAGAAGAAAAACCUUUAUAAUAUCGUACUGUGAUUGAAAAAACAGACAGCUUAAUUACUAACUCGACAUUCUUAAUUUAUUGUAAUAAAUCCGUACUAGAGAUACUUUUUAUAUGCGACUGUAAUAUAGUUAUCAGUUUAUUAAAAUGUUUAACCUGUUAUAUUUUGAAAUAAAAAAAAUAUAUUUCCUA